UUGCCGAGUUGGAAAAUUUGGCAACUGAGUGCGAUAGUGAAAAAUUGAGUCAAAUAUAAAAGUAGCAUAUUUGGUAGGUUUGAUAAUAAAGUUAUUUCUAUAUAUUUAUUAGAACUUUACAAUCGAUAAGAAAGAGAGAUGAAAGAUUAUACAAUUGUCGUUUUAGGAUGUGGUGUUAUGGGAACCGCUGUAUCUUCAGCAAUUCUUAAGGCUAAAUUUGAACCAUACCCCGCUAGAAUCAUUGGUUGCACUAAUUCUUCCAGUACUAAUGCACUUUUAGAAUCAUCUUUACAGCAUGAAAUUUUUGAAUAUUCUUAUGGAGUUGAAGCCAAUACCAAAGCAGUAUCUGAGGCAGAUAUUAUAAUACUUGGAUGUAAGCCAUAUAUGUAUCAACAAAUUUAUGAAGAAAUUAAAUCUGGAUUAAGAGGAGAUCAAUUACUUAUUUCAUUAUUAGCUGGUACUACUAUUUCAGAAUUAGAGAUUUUCACUCCAUAUGUUGCUAAAGUUAUGACAAAUACUCCUGCUAGAUUCGGAGCUGGUACAGCUGCUAUUGCCUUUUCAAAACUUGCUGAAGAAAAAUAUGAAGAUUUAGUUUUAAAAUUAAUUAGUCCAGUUGGUGAAGCCUUUAAGAUCGAUGAAAAGAAUAUGGAUGCUGCUACUGCAUUAAUUGGUUCAGGACCAGCCUUUUGUUUAUUAAUGAUGGAAUCAUUAAUUGAAGGAGGUGUUAGAAUGGGAUUACCAUGGGAAGUUGCAAAAUUAUCUGCUGCUAAAGUUAUGGAAGGUACUGCAAAAAUGGCUCUUGAAACUAAAGAACAUCCAGCUAUAUUAAAGAGUAAAGUAUGUACUCCAGGUGGUACUACCAUUGGAGGUUUAUUAAAAAUGGAAGAUGCAGGUGUAAGAAGUGGAAUUGCCAGAGGGGUAGAAGAAGCUGCUAGAAUUUCAGCUUCAUUUGCAAAGAAAUAAAUCACACUAAAUAUAUAAUUCAUAU